GGAAAUGGUCUCUAGAAACGUAGUAUAAAGAUGCCUCUUAUCAGCACUUCAUCAACUCCCAUCCACCACCAUCAAUCCGGUCGAUCCACUCUCAUCAAACAAACAAACUCCCGUGUUCACAACACGCCACAAACACCAACAUCAACAACCAACAACCACCAUGUCCCCCAAACUUCUCACCAUCUUCUCCGCCACCGGCCAACAAGGCCACUCAAUCCUCACCACAAUCCACGCCCACCCCACGCUGACCAAAGAAUACACCCUGCGAGCCAUAUCCCGCACCGCAGACUCGCCCACUGCCCUCUCCCUAAAAUCCAAAGGCAUCGAAAUUAUCUCCGCAGACCUCAACGACCCCGAGACCCUCCCAGCAGCAGUUGCCUCCUCGCACACUGUAAUCCUCAUCACCUGCACGACCUACGCCGCGCCAGACCUAAAAGCACUGGAACUCAACCAGACCAAAUCCGUCGGUGAUGCCUGUGUCGCAGCGGGUGUUAAGCAUAUCAUCUAUAGCAGUGCCGUGUCUGGACGAGAAAGCUGGGACGGACGUGCCGUGGACGUGUUUGAUUCGAAGGCUGCCGCGGAGGGAUAUCUUCGGAGUCUACCGAUAAAGGUAUCAGUGUUCUUGCCAGGGGUAUUCAUGCAAAACUUCGAGACGUUCAUGAAGCCAACACCCUGUCCAAGUGGGGAUGGGUCGUGGGUGGUAUCUUGUGUCGUGGACGGGGCGAAGAAAUUACCUAUGGUGGAUGCGGCGGGGGAUAUGGGUGCGUAUGUGGUGCCUUUGUUGCUUGGUGAGGGGGAGGGGGUGGGAAAGACGUAUGCGUCCAGUGGGGUGUGGUCAUUUCAGGAGAUGGUGGAGGUUAUGGGACGGGUGUCCGGGAGGAAGGUCAGGUAUGAGAGGUUGGAUGAGAAGGUGUAUGCGGGGUUUAUGCCGGGGACGAUGGGGCCUAAGGUGGUGGAGAUGUUCAGGUUUUAUGAUGAGGUGGGGUAUUAUGGCGGGGAUGAGGAGGGGAAGGUGAAGGAGACGUUGAGGGUGGUGGAGGGGAAGGUUAGUAGUUUUGAGGAGUUUGCGGGGAGGCGGUUGAGGGAGUGGUAG